GAAAAAGUGCGAGUGGAGCUGCAGAAGAAUUAAUCCACAGCUUUGAUAGACCAAAGUCCCACAUUAUUCUUAUAAUUGAGGGAUUUGAGACUGUUAUGUUUUGGUCUAAGUUUGAUAUAUGGCCUCAGGCAACUAAUGUAGCUGUUUCUGAGGAUGGUAGAGACUAGAGGCAAAGUUGCUGCUCUUUUAAAACGACAAGGGGUUAAUGUCAAGGGUCUUUUAAAAGCUGCUUCUGCAAAAGAAGAAGAGCCACAAUCAUAUAUUGAUUGCACCGAAAUUUUGCAGGCUUUCUCCUCCUUUUCUGACAUAAAUUACCACUAUUAAUUCAGGGACUUCUCCCACAUUGUUCUUGUCCACUACCUGGAAUUAACGGAUAGAGUUUAUGAUUUAUCCUAUCACUUCUUUUUUUUCCCUUUUCUGUCAGCCAUCUUCUGAAAUGAACUUAUGAAUUUUAUUUUAUACACUUUGCUUUUUACUUCCUAAGAAAAUCAUUUGGCUGAUGCAGUUUACAACCCAAAUUAAACUGAAAAUUUGUUG